UUUCAUUUGCAGUACUGUCCAGUGUGUCAAUAUUACAUUUUGAUAAGAUAUGUUCAAUUUUACAAAACUUGCAAGUUUAUCUUAAUUUUAUCGACAUUUUAAAAAUUUUAGGCACAAGCUAAAAAUGGAGAGAGUAGGUUACAAACUUGUUAGUUUACUUUAUGUGUGUACAUCGUUGGUGUGCGCAGGAAAGAAUUAUUCCCUGAAGUACGACUUAACAACCCAUAAUCUAAAUGUUUCACUUGGUUCAACACUGAUUCUUCAACAUUCGCCUUCUUCUCCGAUGUUUUUCGUUGGCGCCGGGAAAGUUGAUUUUAAAGAGUUUAGAGGAAAUUUCUUCGUCAAUAACUACGUUGAAGACAGAAUGCCGAUGUCCAAUUUUACUGUGAACACAUCAACGGAAGCAGAUGUAAUACAGUUUAAAUUCGGAACUUCUUCAGUACAAGUAACACUUGAAUCUAAAGACAGCCAUCCCUUGGUUGUGACUUUUGCCAUAGAUCCUACAUAUGCUAGUAAUGACUUUUGGCUUCGUGUAGUAGCAACGCCUGACGAGAGAGUGUACGGACUCGGGGAACAGUUCUCUUACCUCAAUUUGAGGGGUCGGACUUACCCUAUAUGGACAAGAGAGCAAGGUGUCGGUAGGAACAAGAGUGACAUCGUCACGUUCUUUGCUGACACGCUAGCCGGCGGUGCGGGCGGCGAUUACCACACUACAUACUUUCCGCAGACGACAUUCAUGAGCAGCAGAAACUUCUAUUGUCAUUACGGUGGGUAUAAUUACGCAGAGGUCAACUUGCAACCGUCUAGUUUUCACGAAAUUUACGUGAAUGGACCAGUUAGUAGCUUUUACUUCAAGAACGCAGCAUCUAUUAAAGACCUCACAGGAUCCUUGGCGAAAUAUCUGGGACUUCAACCAAAACUUCCGGACUGGGUGUACACAGGUGCAAUUCUUGGAGUGCAAGGUGGAACGGAUGUGAUGCUACAACGUUACAAUCGAGCCAGAGAAAAUAAUGUGCCGGUCAGUGGUCUCUGGAUUCAAGACUGGGCUGGUGUAUUGAAAACCUCGUUUGGUUCCCGUCUAUUCUGGGACUGGAAAUGGAACCCAACAUUAUAUCCAAACUUAAAAACAGUAAUCAAAGAUUUAACAGCAAACGGCACACGUGUACUUGCCUACAUCAACCCAAAUUUGAACUCUAAAGGGGAGUUGUUCAAAGAAGCGGCUAAUAAUAGAUACUUCAUUAAGAACAGCUCCGGCCUUCCAUACCUCACAGAUUUUGGGGAAUUUUACUGCGGAACAGUUGACUUUACAAACCCAGCGGCACGAGACUGGUACAAAGGGGUUAUACAGAAAAAUAUGAUUGAUCUUGGCCUCAGCGGUUGGAUGGCGGACUUCGGGGAAUACCUUCCUGCAGAUGGCGCCUUUUUCUAUAAUAACCAAUCGGGAAGAGAGGUACAUAACCAAUGGCCAACGCUGUGGGCGGAAGUCAACCGUAUGGCUAUUGAUGAACGCAAUGUCACUGGUGACGUAGUGUUUUGGAUGAGAGCCGGUUCUGCAGGAACUGGAAAGUUCACGACGCUCAUGUGGGCUGGGGACCAGAAUGUUGAUUUCAGUUACGGCGACGGUCUUCCGUCAACAAUACCAGCAGCAUUAAAUAUGGGCAUGUCAGGAAUUGGAAUAACCCAUUUCGACAUUGGGGGAUACACGACGGCGGCACAGUUUAAACAUGUCGGGAAAGCAUUAGUCAGGACAGAGGAACUGUUGCUGAGGUCAGCAGAAGCAGCCAUAUUUACACCGGUAUUUCGCUCGCACGAAGGAAACCAGCCCAAAGCGAAUGUCCAGUUCUACAGUAGUGACUUUAUAGAGCAGAGUUUUGGUCGUCUGGCUCGAAUAUUUGCACAUAUUUCAAACUACACGAAGAGUGUUGUUAAGGACAACAGCAUUUUUGGAACUCCCGUGCAGCGCCCUCUUUUUAUGGAGUUCCCAGCAGACGACAUUUCCAAGACUGUGACGUAUCAAUACAUGUUAGGAUCUGACCUGCUUGUGGCGCCAGUAAUACAACCAAAAGUUACAAUUAUGAACGUUUAUCUGCCUCCUGGUGACUGGAAAUUUAUUUGGGACACAAAAGAUUAUGGCGGACAAGCAUUUCAUAAUGUUACAGCCACCAUCGGGAAGCCUCCAGCUUUUUACAAAAAGAACUCCUACUAUGCAUCGGUAUUUUCUAAAAUCCAGUCAAAAUUCCCGCUUCUUCCAGUACCUCAUCCGCCUCAAACAACAUCAACAACAACAACCCACCCAACCUGCAAUUCAGGCGGAACUAUCAGCACGUCUUAUGUCUCGGCCUCUAGAAUUGGACAUCAUCUGUGUGCCAUGUUUUGUUUCAUGUCUGUCAAAGUUCUCUUUUUGUAAUUACAAAAACAACAUUGUAUUCUUUCAACGUAUUUUGCAUUUUGUAGGCCUAAGUGGCAAAUAUUAUUAAUCAGCUAGCAUUAAUUUUAUUUACCCGAUAUGUAUGUAGUUUAACAUUAUUUAUUAAAACAUCUUAAGACCUUA